CUGAGUUGAAGGCACGACGUUUACCCACCGAGCUGUAGCGGGAACAAACAAAAAAUGAAAUAAUAAUCCCACGGAACCGAAGUUAAGUUGUCCAACACAAGUCCCACUGGUGUCCGUUUACUUCGGAAGAAAGCAAUGCUGUUUUAUUUUGGAUCGGACGAGGACGAGAGUUGGAAUUGACCUGGAGGCUGGAUGGACUGCUGGAGUAAAGGGAGACCAAGAGAAGCUGCCUCACAUGAUCAGUAUGCAACGGGCAGUGAACCAUUCCUUCUCUCCAGCUGAGUUCUCUCAGUCCUCUCUCAGCUUGGGAAGCCAAAUGACAAAUCAAGAGGAAGAUGGAAGACGUUGAUGUUGGCCAAGUCUCGAAGAGAAACUCGACCGCUAACACGUCCCUUCAAAAUGAGGAGAACCCAAACCAGGUGCUGGUCACGUCGCUGCUGGGGGCCACCCUGGGCACCAUGUGCAUCUUUGGUAUCGUGGGCAACAUCUACACUCUGGUGGUCACCGCCCGGUCGAUGAGGUCCACCAGCUCCAUGUGCGUCUACAUCUCCAACCUGGCCCUGGCCGACCUGCUCUAUCUGUGUACCAUCCCCUUCGUAGUCUGCACCUACUUUGCCAAGGACUGGUACUUCGAGGAGGUGGGCUGCAGGCUCCUCUUCAGCCUGGACCUGCUGACCAUGCACGCCAGCAUCUUCAUCCUCACUGUGAUGAGCGUGGAGCGGUACCGAGCCGUGGCCUCGCCCCUGGACCCCGGGCGUUCGAGAAGCUGCAGGAAGGCAGUUGCCGCCCUCGUUUGGCUACUGUCCUGCCUUCUCAGCUUGCCCAUGAUGAUCACCAUACAUCUACGAGAAAGCCCGGACCCAGCCGGGAUCCCAAAGAGGAUCUGCUACACGUCUUGGAAACACGACUCCUACAAGGUCUACCUCACCAUUUUAUUCAACACCAGCAUCUUGGCCCCAGGCCUGAUCAUCGGGUAUCUGUACGCCCGGCUGGGGCACGUCUACUGGUUCUCCGGGAGGUUGAGUCUCGAGAGGAGGAACGUCAACUUGAAGCAGAAGGUCUUGUACAUGAUCUUCAGCAUCAUCCUGGCUUACUGGGCCUGCUUUGUGCCGUUCUGGUCGUGGCAGCUAGCCAAGCUGUACCACCGCGGCCUGCUGGGAUUGUCGCCAGCCGCCCACACCUACGUCAACUUCUUUGUGACCUGCCUGACCUACAGCAACAGCUGCAUCAACCCCUUCCUCUACACCCUGCUCUCCAAGAACUACAAGGAGUCGGCGGCCCGGCGCAGGAGGGGCUCGGCGGGGCGGGUCACCUUCCGCAGGGGCCCCCGAGGGGGUCCAGGGACCCAGAGCUCAGCUGCACCAAGGGGGGUCGCCCUCGAAGUAAGAGAGGACGGUGUUCCUUGAUGGGGGUCCAUCACCAACCUCGAUGGUCCUUCAGUACUGGACUGGGAGAAGUCAGGAGAAUGGGGUUGAGAGGGGAAGUUAAUUCAGCCAUGAUUGAAUGGCGGAGUAGAGUCGAUGGGCUGAAUGGCCAAAUUCUGCUCCUAUGAUAUGAACUUAUGAAAACUUGGUUAGAGCAUCAUGUUGCUACAUAUAAUUUUGGUUCCCACCGUUAUAAAAGGAGGUGCACCAUUAGAGGGGGAGGGCAGUGGU